GCGUAGUGACGCCCCGGUAGCGCAGGCGACCAUUGAGGUGGCGGCCAUGAGCGAAAAAGGGGAGCUGGACUUGACCGCAGUGAAGCUCAACACCGGCGUCUGGCUGGUGAAGGUUCCUAAAUAUCUUUCACAACAAUGGACAAAAGCAACAGGAAGAGGUGAUGUUGGAAAGAUAAAGAUAGCCAAAAAUCAAGGGAAAACUGAGGUUUCUUUCACUUUAAGUGAAGAGCUUGCAUAUAUCCAAAAUGCCAGUGGGAAAGGUGCACCAAUUUGUGCACCCAGAGAGCAUCCAUUCUCAAUGCAGAGCGUUGGAGGACAGACGCUGUCAGUUUUUACGGAAGGACCAUCAGGACAGUCAGAAGAGAAACCUGAUGGCAGCAAUGAAAAACUAACAUUUGAAGGUGUUGUGGUUCAGCGUGCAGAAUGUAGACCAGCUGUCAAUGAAUCUUACAUGAGAUUAAAAAGACAGCAGAUUGAAGAAUCAUCCAAACCAUUCCGUCUUUCCCUACAAUUGGAAAAGGCUGUAACAACAAAUUAUAAGCCUGUUGCAAACCAUCAAUACAAUAUUGAAUAUGAGAGGAAGAAGAAGGAAGAUGGGAAGCGUGCCCGAGCUGACAGGCAGCAAGUGCUGGAUAUGCUGUUUUCAGCAUUUGAGAAGCAUCAGUACUACAACAUUAAGGAUCUGGUGGACAUCACAAAGCAGCCCGUUACCUACCUAAAGGAGAUUUUGAGAGAGAUUGGCAUCUACAAUGUAAAAGGGACUCACAAGAACACAUGGGAACUAAAGCCGGAGUAUCGGCAUUACCAGAAUGAAGACAAAAGUGAAUAGGAUCAUUUGAUAACUAAGAAAAAUAAGCAAACCAGCAAAACGUUUCAACAUGCAGUCAGCAUCAGUCAUUAAAACCUGAGCAAUGAGAUUUAUUUAUCUAUUCAUAGCCUAAAAAAAUGUAUGUGGCUCUAAAUUUUUCAGCUGAUGGGGAAAGGAUUGAUAAGUUAUGUUUUUAUAUGAAUCAAGAAAAUGCUUUGUAUCUUUAAGUGUUUUGAUGUAGAAAGUUAAUUAAUGAGGGGCUACAUUUGUAUUGUCAAUAAAGUAUUAUGUUGAAACAAUGUAGGUGAUCCUAUCUGAUGUCAUGAAUUACUUGCCUUUCAUCUACUUUUCAUGAUAUAAUAAACAUUACAUUAGGUACAGUA